UCCGACUCACCACAGAGAAGCACGACUCUUGGUAGAGCGCUGCGUCGCGCUCACGUGACGUCACGAGCCGCGACGCUCUACGACUUUCCCCGCCCACCGCGGGGCAGUUCUUUCUUUCCGGACCUGGCUGAGUAGAGGGCGCCAUCAUGGGAGUUGACAUCCGCCACAACAAGGACCGCAAGGUUCGGCGCAAGGAGCCCAAGAGCCAGGACAUCUACCUAAGGCUGUUGGUUAAGCUGUACCGGUUUCUGGCCAGACGCACCAACUCCACCUUCAACCAAGUUGUGCUGAAGAGGUUGUUCAUGAGUCGCACCAACCGACCCCCUCUGUCCCUCUCCAGGAUGAUCCGCAAGAUGAAGCUUCCUGGCCGGGAAAACAAAACGGCUGUGGUCGUGGGGACCAUCACAGAUGAUGUGCGCAUUCAGGAGGUGCCCAAGCUGAAGGUGUGUGCGCUGCGUGUGACCAGCCGGGCCCGCAGCCGCAUCCUGAAGGCUGGGGGCAAGAUCCUCACCUUCGACCAGCUGGCCCUGGACUCCCCCAAGGGCUGUGGCACCGUCCUACUCUCUGGUCCUCGCAAGGGCCGCGAGGUGUACCGGCAUUUUGGCAAGGCCCCUGGAACCCCGCACAGCCACACCAAACCUUAUGUCCGCUCUAAGGGCCGGAAGUUCGAGCGUGCCAGAGGCCGACGUGCCAGCAGAGGCUACAAGAACUAACCCCAGAUGCUGCCCCGUUAUUAAAAAGCUUUUGGAUUCUGACA